CCACUAGAUGGCAGCAAGGAAUAUGUUCACGUGCCAUUAUGGGCUUCAACAAAGGAAGUAGCCAGUGCACAGUUUUCUUCAAUUUAUAGCGGUUGCGGCGCAGACGACUGCAAAGAAAACAACAACAAUAACAGGUUUACUAAUGCCUAGGAACGUUUGUAGUAUACAUGCAUAGAUACUUUUAAUAGUUUAAGUUAUCAACUUAAUGCUCAACCGGAUCAAGGAGAGACUACUCAACUUUUCUGCAUUGCCAAAGAUGUCAUGUAUAGAGGGCCGUGUUUCACUUAUUUUGGAGGACUUGACCAAAAAGGCUGUUGCCGAAAUCAUGAAGUUGUUUGACGGCACUUUUGCUGCGUUCAUCGAAGAACUUAAUAAGAAACAGAGUGACAUUCAUCGUCUGACCAAGAAGCUGGAAGAGUUCAACAACCACGCUAAUCAAGUUGAUGUGAAGAACACAACAGGACAAACCUUGGGGAAGCUCCCCGCGCCACUGCAUGGUGAACCUCUCGACACCGUGCAAGACAGUAAUUUCGAGCAUGGUUAUUCCACUCAAGUUGCGCAGUUUGUUUUUGAAGGUGCCAUUGGUGCAGGCGCAGAUGUAGAUGAAGCACAGCCUGUGGUCCAGAUGGAAGAACAACCACCAGAGGAGGACACAGCAGCUGCAGGCCUAUUCUCAGUAGCUCCUGUGGAUUCCUCCAAGUCAGAGAGUGAGGAGGAGGAGGAGGAAGACGACGAUGAUGAGGAGGUGCUGGAGCUGGAGUCAGACGUGUCGGGUCCAAGUCAAAGCCAGACCUCCGGAGCUCCACGCAAGAAGGGGAAGGUGGGAGCUCGUUCUAAGAAAUAUCACAGGCGUAGGAAUAGUGUGGUCUAUGUUAACAAACGCUGCAAAGACUGCAACAAAUCCUUUUCUCGUCAAAUCCAUCUGGUUAAGCACCGCGCCUUGGUGCACAACAAGAAGGAGUUACCGGCCUGCAAUGUGUGUGCCACCACCUUCUUCACCACGAAACAGCUGACUGUUCACAUGCGGACUCAUACGGGAGAGAAACCCUUCGUCUGUGACAUUUGUGGCAAGUCCUUCAUCUGUCAGUUUUCACUUCGAACGCAUAAAAUGAAUAUCCACAAUUCACAUCCGAAAUGUAGCGUGUGCGGUAGUAGGGAAGACCAGCCAGACCCAUCGAGAAGACGCCGCAUUUCCACCAGGCCUUGUGCCAAGUGUGGCAAGACCAAGUAUAAAAUGUGACGUUCGUCAAAGGAGAAGAAAAGCAGAGUGCUGCAUUGGGUCAAUUGGUUGAAGGGGAAAAAAUCAGGUACUCCUCAGAUAGAAAACUUAAGAUUUCAGUACUCCGCUUCUGACUUUCAUGACUACAGGUUCAUCAGAUGGUCAACAUGCCAGUUACGUGUCCAGUAUGUAACAGUUCUGUAGCCUGGGAAAAGCCUUGCUGCCUUGUGCGCACUGGCUCGCAUGGAAACCCUCUCUGAAAUCUUCACCCGAGUUUGGGAACAUAGCAACAAAACGGGGAGUAAAGGCAAGACGUAUUAUUAGACUAACAGAAGCUUGCAGUAUGUACACAGAUCCACCGUGUGUUUUUAAUGUUUUGGGGGGCUUUUUGCCUCUAUUCGCUAGGACAGUGAGGAGUACCUAUUUGCCUUUACAAUGGCCAUUGCACAGAUUCUGGAAAUGCACUGGUACUCAUUUCCCAUCUCCCCUCAGGUUAAAGGUGCACUGUGUAGGAUGGUGGCUAGAGUAGGUAUUGCAACUAUGCUGCUCAUUGACACUGUGCCUAUUACCAAAUUUGAUCUUUUCAUGGGUAUUUGCUAAAUAAUAAACCACUGUUUAUUAGUAUGAACAAAGUACAAUAUUUUUUUAACUAAAAAAAUUACACAGUGCACCUCUAAGUAAUUGAGUUUUACCUCUCAGAUACAGUAAGUGCACAGUCUUCCUGUGCAAGUAGGCCAAGUCUUGAUGCUGUUGUGAUCUUGUGACUUUUAUUAUUGUCUUUGAUUGUGUAUGUGCGUGUGUGCGCACCUUCUCACGUGCACCUCCAGAGCUGGUGUGGGAAUGUUU